GAGACCGAACCUCAGUCCACUCCCCUGCCCUUAUAAAACUAGCAGCAUAAACUCUACUUUGAUAACCCAUCUUCCUCUUGCUUCUCUAUCUCUUGUUUGUUCUAAAUUACUCAUCACCAUCUGCAAUCAUGGCACCCAUCAAAGUCCACGGAAUCCCUCUCUCAACAGCUACACAGCGGGUUCUCGCUACCCUUUAUGAGAAAGAGCUUGAAUUUGAGCUUGUGCCUGUAGACAUGAAAGCUGGUGAACAUAAGAAAGAACCCUUCCUGUCUCUCAAUCCAUUCGGUCAAAUUCCAGCUUUUGAAGAUGGAGAUUUGAAGCUCUUUGAAUCAAGGGCAAUUACUAAGUACAUCGCCCACCAGUAUGCUGACAAGGGGACCGAUCUGGCAUGCGGAGACACUAAGCAGAAAGCAAUCAUAGGGGUGGCGAUUGAGGUGGAGGCUCACCAAUACGACCCGAUAGCUUCAAAGCUUUCCUGGGAAUUGGCAUUGAAGCCAGUGUUUGGCAUGGUUACCGACAAGGCAGUUGUGGAGGAGAACGAAGCAAAGCUGGCUAAGGUUCUUGAUAUCUAUGAGAGUCGGCUGGCUCAUUCAAAAUACUUGACAUGCGACUGCUUCACCUUGGCAGAUUUGCACCACCUGCCCACUGUUCAAUACUUGUUGGGCACAGAAGCCAAAAAGCUCUUUGAUUCACGCCCCCAUGUCAGUGCCUGGGCAGCUGAUAUCACAGCAAGGCCAGCUUGGUGCAAGGUCCUUGCCCUGCAGAAGCACUAAGGAGUACUAGCCGCUGCCGGCCGGCCGGCCGGCUUCUCUUUGGUCACUUACGUUCAAUAAGAAUUGAGAUUUAAAUCUCAUCUAGUUUGAGUCUACUGUUAGUCUCCCGUUUCCAGUGUGGGAGCUGAUAUUUUUGCGUUGCUUUAAUGAGUUGUACUGGUGUCUUGCCUUCAAUCUUCGAGUUGAAGGCAUGAAGUUUAUGAACUAUUUCAUAAUUCUAAAUGAUUACUCUA